AGAUUUUGGAACCACUUAUUCGGGAUUUUCUUUAUAUCAUUGCGAAGCUAAAGAUAUCGGAGACAUCCGUGUAAAUAGUGAUUGGCCUGGAAGGGAUGGGAUAUUGAAGACAAAUACAAUUCUUCAAUACAAAACUGACGAAUUUAAAGAGGUUGAUUCAUGGGGUUAUAAGGCCUUGUACUCGAAACCUAGUAGGAGAAGCAGAGAUGAUGAAGCAAGACCUAUAGAAUUAUUUAAAUUAUAUUUGGGUAAUUGUUUGGAAAAGUAUAGACCAAAGUUGCCUGAACCAUUAACAUAUAAAAAAGCGAUUACCGAUUACCUUUAUGAAAUGGGAAAGUUGGCUAAAGAAAAUGUUCAUAAAUUUUGGCCGGGAAUUGAUUUCAUGGAAAAUGUACUCAUAGUUCUUACUAUACCAGCUGAAUAUUCAGAAAAUGAUAAAGCUAUAAUGAGAGAUUGUAUAUACAACGCUAAAUUGAUCAAUAACAAAUUUUCAGAAAAAUUGCAGAUUACAACUGAACCGGAAGCUGCAGCAAUCUACUGUCUGUAUAGUAGCUUAAAAGAACACAAACUCACAAAAUCCGGAACAAAUUUCAUGGUCGUUGACUGCGGCGGUGGCACAGUAGAUUUAACAACACGUAAAUUGUUAGAAGAAAACCAAUUAGGUGAAGUCACUGAACGAGCAGGAGAUUUUUGUGGGAGUACAUUUAUCGACAACAAAUUUAUUGAACUACUUAAGAGUGAAGUUGGAAAAUCGGCUAUGGAUUCGUUAAUUAAUAAACAUUAUGGCCAAUUUCAAAAUUUAAUUCAAGAAUUUUGCCAAAAUGUCAAGUUACCAUUCACCGGAGAUGAUCCAGAUUUUAUUUAUGAAAUUGAUUUAGAAGCUGUUGCUCCUGCAUUAUUAGAUUACGUUACUGGUUCAGAGAAAGAUUUGAUGGAAGAAAAAGAAUGGAUGAUUACGCUUAAUUGUGAUAUUAUUAAAUCUAUGUUUGAUUCUAUUAUUGUUAGAAUUUUCGAAAUGAUUCGUAUUCAAUUAAAAAAUUCUGAAAAAUGUUCUGCAAUAUUCUUAGUUGGUGGUUUUGGUCAAUCAAAGUAUUUGCAGAAAGAAAUCGAGAAAGAAUUUAGUCACUUAGUUGAAAACAUCUCAAUUCCGAAUCAACCUAUCGCAGCGGUAGUGCGUGGCGCAGCGAUAUACGGAAAAAGUUUAUACGAGUCAAAGAAUUUGAAGAACAUGAAUAACUCAAAAUGUGUCAUUGCAACUCGUGUAUUAAAAUAUACCUUUGGGAUCAAGGUAUCUCCUUUAUGGGAAUAUGGAGAUCCAUCAGAUCGGCUCACAAGUGAUGGGAGGAUUCAUAAAUUUCGUUGUAUUGCAGAACGCGAAACUAAUGCUACAACUGAUCAAGAAUAUAUAGUUGAAGACUUGGUUCCUAUUUCUCCGGAUCAAACAGAAAUGAGCUUUGAUAUAUACUAUACAAAAGAACAGAGUGCUGUUUAUUGUGAUGAACCUGGUAUGAAAUUGCUUGGAGAAUUACUUAUCAGCCUCCCCGACGUGCAUUUGGGAACUAAUAGACCUUGUACAUUUUGCUUAUCAUUCGGCGAUAUGGAAAUUAAAGCCAGGGCUUUUAAUCAAAUAAAUGGGCAAAACUAUCAAACCAAGUUCGAAUUAAAUGAAUUAUCUGACUUAAAUGAAUUAAAUGGUUUUUAGAG